GUCUAAGGAACUCCGGUAUUUGCUUUUACGUCUUCCUAAAAUGCUCGGUCCUGGAAAACAAAUAAUUAAAAAGAAAAAUAAUGUCAUCUUGGUUCUCGCUUCCCAUCCCUUUCAAAUCCCCCGAGGAUGAUGACAACCCCACCGCAACUGAUCCAAAACUUCCUGCCCUCUUCCGCGGCGUAGCGUCCUUCCUUGCUCCACCACCGGCGAACUCUGCCUCCGCCGCGGAAGGUAGUGAUGACCGUUUCGUGGCAGAUAGUUCGCAGGCAAUUGCCGGAAUCAGGAACGAUUUGGUCGAGCUCGGAGAAAGCUUCAAAUCGAGCUUUUCUUUGUUUUCCUCCAAUAAGGCCGUUUCUGAGAUAUCGAAGCUUGCCUCCAAUUUUUUGAAGUUUGAGGACGAUGCAGUGAAAGGGGAGCUCGAGGAAGAGCAGGAGGAAGAAGAAGAUGACAUGAUUGGAAUUACCGAUGAAGUGGUGGGCUUCGUGAGAACUAUAUCCGAACGACCCCAGCUGUGGACUGAUUUUCCUAUCAGCUUACCUAAAGACUUUCAUAUCUCUGAUAACCAAAAGCAGCAUGUAGAGAAUAUUGAGCAAUUGGUUCCAUGUCUUGGGUCCUUGAAGCAAAAACUUUCCAACCAUUUAACAGAUGGGCAGUUUUGGAUGAUUUAUUUUAUCCUAUUGCUUCCUAGGUUGGACGAAAAUGAUUUAGAGACCCUUUCAAGUCCUGAGAUUGUUGAAGCCAGGGAGAUGCUUCUGCAGCAGCUUCAAAGUAAGAAAAAUACAGAGUCUGUGCCUACAAAUGAACUUGAGACCGUGGAAAGACAUUCAGAUGGGGAAAACCAACUGCCAAGUACAGAUACUACAGUUGAGCCUAGUAGUGCUGUGUUAGAUGUGGAAGCUAUCACUCACCUGAAUAUUAAGCAGGGGAACAAAGAUGAUGCAGAAGAUGUUUCAUUUAGUGAUCUAGAGGAUGAUGAUGAUGCAGAUUCUGCAGAUAAAGAUUCCGGAACUAUGGCUUCUCACAGCAAGAAAGCUUCAUCAUCCAGCGAAUCCCAUGAAUGGAUUCAGUUAAACGAAAAUUCCAACGUUUGGACUGGUCAACAAACCACUGGUCAGUCCACUUCCCGUGGGAAAGAUAAAGAACCAGAAGGUGAAGAGUCGGGAGACUGGCUCACUGUUGAUGAUACUGAUUUUGACAGUUUGGGAGCUGUUUAAGAUGCAUAUAUACAUAUAUACCAUAUAAAUGAAUUUCGAUCCAUUCAACUAUGGUGAACUGUCCACCCUCAGGUAAAAUUUGUGGUAGAAUAAAAUGUUACAUCACCUUUCACGGGUAAAUGUUUUAAAGCGACAUGAUGUUGUCUUAUUUCUAUCCCAAAUUUAGUAGUGGACACAGGGCCAGUAUUGUAGAAAUAGCCCUGCUUAUAUAUACAUCAUGAAAUUGUAGAUUGCUUUUCCCAUGUCUUCAUAUUCUACUCGUCCAAAAUAAUGUCUUCAUGUUGUACUAUUUUUCAGAAAAUAUUUUUCAAUUUUGA